AUGCCCAGCAUCCACGAACGAAUUCGCGAUGACCUUCUCGUCCGUGAGCGUGCCCUCUGGACAGCCCUCACCUCUGCCGACCCUGCUCCAGCCAUAGAAAAACUCAGCAGCCCCGAAGCCAACCUCAUCUUCCCACAGAUGCCCAUCGUCACCCUUGACGGGUCAGACCCGUCGCUCCAGGAUCUUGUACAGCCGCCGUUUCACCGAUUCGACUCGUUUUCGUUAGGGGAUGCACGGACGAUCAUUCUGGACUUGAUGGCGGGUGUCAUCACCUAUAAAAUUACGGCCACCAAGGGGAAUGAGGUGUAUAACGCAACGGGGUCAUCGACGUGGAGUCAAGGGUCGGACGGAGAGUGGAAGCUGGCUUGUCAUCAAGAGACUUUGCUGUGA